UUAUGGUAACUUUGUCACAGUGAGCCAUCGCCCUGUUAACGGUGUCAUGGCGGUUUGACUUGUUAAAGGUUUUUUUGCAAUAACUCAAUAGUUAAUGUGCUUUUUACCGAUUUGAUCUUCGAUUUCGAUAGUUAAAAACACGUGACACAAAAUAGUUAAUCAUGCGUGAAUACAAAAUAGUGGUGUUAGGUAGCGGAGGCGUGGGAAAGUCCGCCCUGACCGUACAGUUUGUACAAGGCAUCUUUGUGGAGAAAUAUGACCCGACCAUCGAAGACAGCUACCGGAAACAGGUGGAAGUGGACGGGCAGCAGUGCAUGCUCGAGAUCUUGGACACGGCGGGCACAGAGCAGUUUACGGCCAUGAGAGAUUUGUACAUGAAAAACGGACAAGGGUUCGUGCUAGUGUACUCAAUCACGGCGCAGUCGACAUUCAACGACCUGCAGGACUUGCGCGAGCAGAUCCUGCGAGUUAAGGACAAGGAUGACGUGCCGAUGGUGCUUGUGGGCAAUAAGUGCGACUUGGAGGCGGAGCGCGUGGUCGGCAAAGAGCAGGGGGCCAACCUCGCGCGCCACUUCAACUGCGCCUUCAUGGAGACUUCCGCCAAGGCCAAAAUCAACGUCAACGACGUGUUCUACGACUUAGUGCGACAGAUCAACAAGAAGUCUCCCAAGGACCCCAAGCCGCCCAAUAAAAAAAGAAUAUGUGUUCUUCUGUAAGAGUGUCGCGGGAGCCUCCGACGUAUCUAGGUAUAAAAUAUUUAAUGAUUUAAAAGACUUCUUGUACCCGGAUUUGGCUCUUGACGGUUCCCAAAAUUAAUGAGGUCGGGUGUGGAGCGGCAGUGCUCGGCCGAAACCUGUAGCAUUUCAAGAAUGUGCAUUUGUUGAGCUAUAUCGUGAUCCAGUGUUAUAGUGAGAACGCACACACAGUGUGGGGGACAUCUCUACUCCUGUAGUUGUGUAGUUUACACUUUUUGGUCUAUUAUCAGUUAGAUGUCGCUCAUUGCAAGACCCACGACACUGUGUGUGCUGCUCUAGAAAUUCUGAUUGUAUUUUGUGGAUGCAGUAGGUUCAGAAGUUAACUAGAAACAGUUAUCAAUUGAUUACGUUAUCAACAUUUGAUGUGGGUCCAUUGUUUGGAGACCAUGGGGAGUUUAUUCUGUAAUAACAAUUCCACAAAUUAUAAUUAAUAAAUAUUCUUUGUAAGGAAAUUAACUUGCAAUAUUAAUUUACUAGAUAUAUUUCAAUAAGAUACACUUUUCAUGGACUCCCUAUAUACCAAUAGCCGUUUUUUCUGAUCUUAUGGUAAUAAUCACCUGUAUACAUUUAAUAAUAGUUAAUUUGUAUAAUUCGAUCAUACUAGUACUCAACAAUGCUAUGUGCAGACAGUCUUUUGUCAAUUACAAUGAACAGGAAAAUUAGAGCAGCAAUGUUUUGCCACGAAAUUAUCUCUCAAGGGCACAAUGUUUUAACAAAAGUGCUCUGAAUAUUAAACAUUCAUUAUUGCAUAUAAUGUAGUUAAUCCCAUGUAGUACCUCAUUAGGUAGAUAAAUGGAACUCCAAUGUUAAUCAGCAAUAUUUAUAGUAGAAAGUGUUCCCGCUGUCUGGACCUAGCAUAGGGUUUACUUUAGUGAUAUUGUUGUGUAAAGGUACUGAUGCAACUGAGAGCCCCAACUUCUGAACGGCUAGAAUGAAAGUUAUGUCAGGCUCCGAAGAGACCUGGAAGUGCCAGCCGGCCUGAACCAGUGUGUAAUGUUUAAUAAUUAAGGAUACAUUAAAUUUUUUCAGAUAUAUUAUUGUCUUGUUAUAUAAUUCAAAUGUAUCGAAGGAACGUUGAUAAUGCGACACCGUUUAGGACUCGGUAACCUUUGAACAAAUAUUAGUGAGCCUUAGGUGAUUGCACCCGCCGACGUAGCGUCUCAGUGCGGGCAGCCGGCCCUGACCUGGGCCUCGCUCGCAAAAGACUAUAACCCCUUACCUAAAACCUAUGAAAAUGAAAACUCUAAAAAAAUUUUAUCGUUAUUGUAAAUGGAAUAAAGUUUUAUGAUUACUGGCUCAUUUAAAUGUAAAUUACCAACAUAUGUUUUGCUGCUACAACUUUGUUAAACGUAAUAAUUAUAGGUGUUCAAAUAUUGUUACGGGAUUAGAUGUUUCCUCAAUUCUCUUUUCUGUUACAUGUAAGAUUAACUGCACAAGGAUAUUGGUAAUGACUUUGAUCUGAGUUGAAUUAUAUUUUUAUAUAUAUCGUGCAAAUUAAGAACUUGUAUAUUUUUAUCUUUUUCAAUCAAUAAUCGACAUGUACAAUAACUAUUAAUUUCUUUUUUUUUUGCAAAUUUAUCAAUAAAACCAAUUUUAAAUAUUAA